AUGAAAACUGAAAAUUCCAGAAAAAAGAUUAAGCGUCUUUCAGAUGACAGAUCUAGGCUGUGCCUUGUAAAUUCUGAAGCAGGGCAAAUUUCAGGCAGGGGAGAUCUUGUUGUUCAUGAAUUCUGUGUAAUUGGAUUGGAAAAGGAAGAGAAUGAAAUAGUAAAGAAGUUGUUGAUACCCAUAGAACCCCCAAGGCCAUGUCCUGCUGUUGUUUCAAUAGUGGGAAUUGGCGGUAGUGGUAAAACAACCUUUGCUAGAAAAACCUACCAAAGGAAUGAUGUCAAGGAACAUUUUCAAACUCUUGCCUGGAUUUCUGUAUCUCAAAUAUACAAUGUAAGGGAUCUUCUCCAAAUCAGUGUUGAACAGAUCAAGCCCCCCAGCCCUAAAGAGAAGGUGGAGCUAGAUAGCCUAGAUGUCGAAAGCUUGAUCCAUAGGCUCUCAAGUCACUUGAAAGAAACUACUUACCUAAUUGUAUUUGAUGACUUAUGGAGGCCUGAAGAUUGGAACAUGUUGAAACAAGCACUUCCAGAUCAGGGAGAGGGGUAUCAAAGCAGGGUGUUGGUUACCACUCGCAAUGAAACCGUAGCUAGAUGUGCAGACCCCUCCAGAGAUCCGUAUCACCUCCCCCUUCUGAAUGAAUAUGAGAGUUGGAAGCUCUUCCUGACAAAGGUGAUGAGUAGUAAGGAUGCAGGUUGCCCUGAAGAUUUGGAGGAUUUGGGAAGGCAAAUUGUUCAAAAGUGUCAUGGAUUGCCAAUGGCCACAGUAGUAUUAGGUGGUCUCUUAUCCACUAAACCAAGGACACAUAGUGCUUGGUCCAAGAUCCUAGAUAGCAUAAAUUGGGAGCUAAAUCAGAAUGAAGGGAAUUGCAAACAAGAUUACUUGGAGGAACUUAUCCAAAGAAGCAUAAUUCAAGCAACAGUCCGAAGUUAUGAUGGACGUGUCACAUUUUGCCAUAUCCAUGAUCUUGUUCGAGAUCUAGCAGUUUCAGAAGGUAAGCAAGAGAGAUUUCUUGAAGUUCUUGGGAGAGAGAAUUUGAUUUCCCCAAACAAACCUCGUCGGCUUUCCAUCAUUGAACCUACUAGAGGUAUGUAUGGUAGUCCAACUAUUGCUCUAAAUCAACGUAAUCGUUCCUUAUUGUGCUACUCUAGAGAUAUUGAAAGAAACAUGUGGAUGAAGUGUCUUUAUGGAACCAUGAAACUGCUUAGAGUCUUAGAUCUCAAGGGUUUGCAUUUUAACUCUAUGCCUAGUACCUCACUCAAGCAGAUUGGAAAGCUUAUGCUCCUUAAGUAUCUAAGCAUCCGUGGAACUGACAUAGCAGAGCUUCCAUCUUCAAUAGGAGAGCUACAAUAUCUACAAACACUGGAUUUGGGUCAUACUUCUGUCAGACAGCAACCUGUGAUGACAAUAAUGAAACUGCAGCAGCUAAGAAAUCUUACUCUAUAG